AUGCCAUCCCCCCAACACCCACACAGAUCGAAGAGCCGCUACACAGACGCUACAGCUCUGUACGAGGAAAUCAGAAGUCUGACUCAAAAACUGGGCGCAAGUGAGAAGCGUGUCACCAAACGACGAGAGACAGCGAAGCGACUGCUGGAAAUCUUGUCCAAAGAAAAGAAUCGACAACGGCUCCAUGAACGAGGUCUCCACCUGGCCAUUCAAAAUAAGGGAUAUUCCCAUGCCAAGGCUCACCAAUAUGCUACUGGAGUCAUUUGGUCUCCCAUUAUCAACACUGCCUUUGCAUCAGCGACAUAUUUGGCCCAUGAACGAAAAGGAAAAUUGGAUCCAGAUGAUGUCAAAUUGCCGCUUCGGUUGCUCCAUUACAGCGACAGUGGGUCCACGUCAGGGGAAGGCAAUCAAGCCCGAUUGGAGACUGCCUGCAGACUCGAGGACCGUGAUAUCAAACGAAUUCUCAAGUUUUGCAUUGACAUGUUCAACAGCGAUAUCGCACGGCGCAUGGCCGAAAUGGAAAUCAUGAACACAUUGAUUUUCCUCUGUGAACGAGUCGAAUUUGUGGCCACAUUUAGACCCUCCACGGAACUGAUAUCCAUCAUGAAAAUUGUAGAAGACUGUCUCGAUUUGGAUACUGACGAUGAUGAUAUUGACAAUGCCGACAACAAAAGGAGACGGAAAAAUAGUGAUGCCGUCGUGGCCGCUGCCAGAAUCUUUGGUUCUGUUUUGGAAUCUUGUCAAGAACUGGGGGUUGCUCUCCAUCUGUUUGUCUCGGAAGGGAUUCAAUUAGUGUCAAGAUGGUGUGAGCAGAACAUGGAAGAGGUCAAAGGCAGUCCCAGGGAGCUCAGCUAUCUGUUCCGAGGCAUCAACACACUGAUGCGCUUUCACCCGGAACAAGCCAUUCAACCUCUCCAAAGGUAUGGUGCUCACAUUCUCAGGUAUGCUAAAAGAGCAUAUCAACAUUCUACACCCAUCAAUCGACAUGCCCUCCAUGGAUACUUCAUUGCUCACAUAAUCGUAGGUCAGCAGGCCGCGACCCUCCGGGGUCUCAUGCCGGGAGAAUUGGGGGAUCUGGGUGAAGCCACCCUCACAGCCAAGGAAAUCGGACUCAUCCUGUCCAUUGUGCUGUCAUCAUUGACGGCCGUCCAACCUACACUAACAGUCAAGAAUCGCAUAUCAUGGAAUACCCUCGAUGUGACUAUUCAACGACAUUUGGAAUUGUGCGCCAGACUUUUGGCUUGUGCCCAACGGCAGUUCCUGGUGGACCAAGAAUGGAUGCUCUUGGAGGACCCCAAUGCUUUCUUUGUACGGAUUGUGAAGGAAUUCUCGCGCGAUGACGAUGAGGUGAAGCGACUGUCAUCCUCCGACGCAACCUACCCGUCUUGUUCCCCUGCCAUCAUGGCGAAAUCACCGUGGGCCACGCAAAUUCUCGCACCACUCAUUCAAAAUUUUCCACUAGGAUCCAACAAAGGAACGGAUGCCACAGUACCAAUGGAUAUUGACGGCAGCAAUUCUCAAAGCUUGACACCAAGCUUAAGCCAGAGUCUGUCCCAAGGAGCAAGUUUAGGCAGCAAUUCGCAAUCAUUGCAACAUCCAUUGUUGGAAGCCAUCAAUGUGGUUGGAAAUAAUGAACAAUCUGAACCAGCAAUGCGAAGCAGUCGGGCUCUGCUCCUGAUCAUUGCCGCCUGCGCAGAAGCAUUUCCGUCAGGUCGAUGUUGGACCUCGACUUCGCACAAACACUGGUUCCCUUUGAACCCGGAAAAUCUCGACGUAGAAAGCACCGUCCAUGUCAAUUGUUCUUCGCCGACUGAUUUUGCUAUCCUGGUGCACGUAGUUUCCAAUGUGCUGGAAGCUUCAGGAGGUUCCAAUGGUGAUCAAGAGCUUCAAAUUCUGGCUCUGUUGUGUCUCAUUCGAUUGUCUGCCGCACACCGGGGUCUUGCGUCCCUGUUUCGACGAACUGAAAUGUCCUGUGUCGCUCCGGUUUGGAGAAAGGUGUGGGCGAUCCUUUUCGCAAGCAACAUGAGAUACUCUGCCUACACGGCCCAUGCGGCAGAAGGAUCCUGCGGGGAGUUGGUUGUGGUAUUGAUUGCAGAAAUAAUCCAAGGAUUCUGCACGGAUCCAACCGAAGCACUCUUGAGUUCAGCAUCCAUGACACGGUCUACAUUCCUUUAUCGCAAACAGGCUCAAGUGUGGGCGUUACCAGCAUUCAGAAAGGGCAAUGCACACUACACAACACAGGCUUUUGAACUACUGUUCGUCUUCUUGCACAAUCUUUGCCUUUCGGACGACGGAAAAGACGCCCUUCCAGACUCGCCUCCGUCUGCGAUUGAAGAUGCAUCGACAAUCAACGAUACACAGAGGCUGUCUGGAAGGCGCUAUCGACUUGUCUGCCUAUGUCUUCACGCCCUCGAUACAUUCAACCCUGUGAGUACUGACUCCAAACAAGCAGAACUCAUCAAAAUGGUGACUGCGUGCUUGUCGGCUCUGGUGAAUGGCAAGGGACAUUUGAUGAACACGACUUCAAUAUUAGAAAGCCAGAAUCGGACAUGGAUGAGGUCUUCCAUCUCGAACGACUUGCACAACAGAUUUUGCUUUACCGAGUUGCCCCAAUCCAACAAAGGAGCCUUGCAUCGGCACAGCUCUCUCUUCGAAAAGCUUUGGGUCUGCACUGUUCCCGAUCCGGGAGUCUCAUCCUUGCUUCUUCAACGCUUGGAAGAAUCUGUCCAAUCAGACUGUGUUCUUCAGGAAAAGUCACAAGUUAAUCAACUCGUCGGGUCCAGUCAAUCGGCUUCUCCCCACAUGGACUAUGUUUCCACUGUACAAUCAAACGCCUUUCUUGCCUUUGUACUCACUCAAGUCAAGCGCCUUUUGCGAAGUUGGAACUCUUCCCACGACGACAAAGGCAACAACGACGAGACAGAUCCACUGGACAGCCAACAAUCAGACGCCUUGAAAGCUUCCACAUAUGUGCAUUGUCUAUGGUUGAAGGUUUUGCUAAGCCUGUGCAAACUGAGGGAAAACGGAGAGCCGUCAGUGGAAAAAAAACUCUGGGAAGACUAUAUCAUCCAUUUACUGAAGAGGGUCAAGUCUGAUUUGCAUUCUCUGUGCGAGAACAGAGACGAAUUCUAUGCGGUUUUUGAACACACUCUGCAGAUUCUGCUCUUUCUUUCCGAGUUUUCGGCCACAGUCGCAACAUUUGAGAUGUCAUCGGUGUUGAGAAAGAGCAUCGCUGCCUUCGAUUCUCUCUGCGAAUCUUUGCUACUGAGCUUCUCCGGGGACGAGCCGGACAAAGAAACGACAUGGGACGAUGGGGACGAGUCUAUGGAGUCAGCAUCAGAAAGUGAACCCGAGGAAGAAAAGCGAACAAGCGUUAGGGAUCUACUGGAAGACAGUGAUGAUGACGAUGUUGUAAACAAAAGGACAGUGACAAAGCGCCCAGAACGUGGAAGAAAGGGAAGCAAGCGAAAAGCAAGUUUGUCAAAACAAAGGGGGGAGAGUCCGCGGAAGAAGAGAAAACAACAACCAUGCCCUCCAGAUUCGUCGUGUGCCAGCCUGGUAGGGUCGAUCGUGAUCGCUCUGAAGCCUUCGGUUGAAAGGUGCGAGCUCGUGGUUGAUUGUCUCCUACAAAACAUAGACAAUCAAGAGGUGGACCUCUCUCAGGCGUAUCACUGUCUGGAACUUCUAAGCGAUGCUUCAGUGGUGUUUCACGACAAUGCAGUGCGUCAAGUAAGCGGGUCUGCCAACACUGCGACUGAAGAUUCCUUCCGGCACCGAUCCGUAGUAUCGGUGUUUUGUGACGUCCUUGACGCGUUUCGCGCAAGUGCGCCAAAAGCGUCGUCCUUGCACAUGUUGGGCUUCCAGUAUUGUUGUGAAUGUGUCCGUCUGGGGGAAUCCGACUCACGAGGAAUACCGCUGAAUGCGGAUGAAAGCCGAGACCUGGUCGAGCGACUGAUGGCUGGUAAUGACGACGACAGCCUGAAGAUGCGACCCUACUUGCGAUGCGACAGGCUGUCCUCUUCGUCUUUUGCAUUCGAAGCAGGAAGUGAGACGUUCCGUGUGUCUAUGGAAUCAGUGUUCCCCAAAAUCCUUGUGAUCCCGUCGGUAAAAGACUUGAGUUCUCACGUAAGACGAGAAGCGUGCGGCGCGGUGGCAGCAGCGCUACGGGUUCUUUCUGAUAAAAAGAAGGUGGUGAAGUCCGUGCAAAACUUGCUCCCACCAAUUGCACUUACGUCCGACAAGGCCGAGAAGGCUGCAAAGGGGCAUAAAAGCUACAGAAAGUGGCAUGCUUCGUUCAAGCUUGGAUCUAACGACACACACUUUGAAAAUCGAGUCUGGGAGGAUGCCAUAAUAUCGAUGGAGGCUGGCUCGAUAGAUUGCCUCUCCGUUAUUGCCGGGGUAAACGCAGACACAACGAAAGACAUCGUCUACGAUUUCGUCAAGUUGUCGUCACGGCGACCCGAACUUGAAGCAGUUUGCUUCCGUGCAUGUAGCAAAAUCGCAGCAAUGACAGGGUACAGAAGCACAGAUGCAUUACUGCGUGAUCAGGGGGACAGUCUUGUGGGGAAAUGGCUAGAAAGCGGGGAAACAUUGGCUGAAAUACCUCUGCUGCUCAGUUCGCCCAAGUUGCUUGGUCUGCUGUUGAGGACCGGUCAACAAGCUCGAAUGUAUUCCGGGAAGCAGAAGCAGAAGGAAAGCGGUGUCGACUCGGACGACGAAGACCUGGAUAGCGGUUCAUUUGACGUGACGAAUCUGCGAGACGUCGCCACGGAUCAGUUUUGUGCGAGGCACAAAUCCUAUCUAGUACCACAAAUGAUCGUCCGCGUAUGCAGUGCUGUCGAGGAAGUGAAUGGGGAACCACAAAGUGCCAUGACGAGACUCGCCAAUGACAAGCUUGUACGAGAACUGAGUGUCUGUUUGAGAGGAAACCAUGACGAUGCAACAGUUCGUUCUUUGUUGCAAGGUCGAAUGCAUGAUAUCGAGGCUCUAUGCGCUCCCAUGGCCCACGGAAACCUGGCAGAUUUUGGAACAAGAAUAAUGGAGUUCACCUCUAGUUGCCUUUCAGAGGAUUCCAAAGGGAAGGUCUCCUCCGCGAAGGGGUCUGACAAACCGCAUCUGGCGGUUCGUCGAAUAUUGGAAGUGAGCGGGAUGGAUAGUUCGCAAGUCUUUCCAUCAGCGAUAGUUCAUGAAGCAUUCGCAGAAGCCAUCUCCACAUUUGUUGCUAAGUUGAAGCCGGCAAAGGAUGGAGACAUACUCUCGGCAGCGGGAACCAGCUUGACUGAAUGCUUUUUGUAUGCGCGACAGUGGCUGUCCAAAGCAACAUUGUCAUUGCAAAAGGAGAAAAGAUGGGGGCCUCUAUCAGUUUUGUUCGAUCUGAUGCUCGCGCAGGUCCGUGAAAAGCGUUUCAAGCAGACACAACUUGCAUUCGGUGUCAACGUUGCCAUAGAUGUUGUGCUCGAUCGACAGCUCAACUGCAUUCGUGGCAAACCCUUGGGCGUCUUGAAGCAAGUCCUCAACGAGGUUAUUGACGCUGCCGAUGCUAAUGAGGCAAGCUCCCUGAAAACAGAGUUCUUGUCUGUAUGCCGGCGCUUGGUGGGUUCGCUGAUGAAAACACACCAAGAAUCGCAGCAAGAGCUGUUGGAGACGAUCAAGGGGAGAGCCAACACGAAGCUCUCGUCCUUGAGACGAAGUGUUGGUCUUCUGGGCUAUGGGAGCAAUCCCAACGAAGGGGAUGGUGACGUAUGGGGUUGGGACGUGGGCACCAGCAAACGCUGGGACUGGCCCGAUUUUAUUGAUCAAGAGUUCAAGAGCUUCGAAGCUGACCAACAUCGUUUGAUUGUUGACUCGAUCACGGGAACCUUCGACCUGCUCAUUGCCCUUUUCGAAAAAGCAGAGGUGCUGGGUCUCGGGAUUGAAUACUUCGUGGGAUGCAUGCCUCCGUUUUCUCUGGGCUCAACCGACCAAGACGCGUUUUCAAAAUUAGACAAACGAUACUGUGCGCAGACCAUAGCGUCAGAUUUCAUCCGACGAAGCCAAGACAACGCCGUAAACCUCAGUCAAUCCAUUCUGUUUGCACUUGGGCAAUUACAGAACCGUUCGUCGUGGAUGGAUGAAUUCGCAGACGCUGAAAAGGGGCAUGCUAUCAGGGAAGCAGACACAUCAGAUCUCACCAUUUCUCAAUGGAUGCUCAAAGCGGAACUUUUGCAACUGGAAAACAAGCUUCGACGAUGGCGUAUGACACGUACGGUCGAUAUACACGGCGAUGAUCUCCAGAGCCUAAUUCGGGAACUGUCCUUUGUUUGUGGGGCCUCCUGUCCCCAGCCGUUGCAAACCGCAGCAUCCAGAUGUCUUGGGGAGAUGGAUAUCAGGAUGCUUGGCAAGAGGUCCCCAAAUGGACAAAGGGAAAAUAAAGAUUGGUUGACUAGAGCUCUCGACGAUGACGCUGGAAGUGUGUUGCUUGGGGCUCAGGCCAAAGCAAUUGAAGUCCUCGCUGGAUAUCUUCAGUCGGGCCAUUCAGGUGUUGCCAUCGCAGCCUUUGACACAAUUGUAGCUUUGCUCUCUACGCAAGAUGGAAGCGACUGUUGGCAACUCGUGGACGCGAAGACAGUGCGGGAGCUAGAGCCCGUGCUGUCCAAGAAGAAAAGAGCAAUCAACAGCAGCAGAUUGCACCUGUCGAAGCUAAAAAUCAAGUCAAUCCGGGCUAAGACCGGACUUGUUCUCGAAAAGUCUGACGAGGGCCGAGAUUGGUGCUGGAACAAAAGCCUUUGGCUUUGCGAAGAGAAUGUCUCCUAUGAGAGUUGGAUAUGCGAUCUGGUGCCAGCUUUGAUUGAAUGCUGCUACAGAGGACAGGAACGUCCAGGCAGCAUCUUUUUCUCCUACUGCCAAACGAUCGCCUCCAUCGCCCCGAACUUUGCUGAAACUGUGUUCUUUGCGAUGGUGUUCGAUCUCCUCGAAGAAAAGAAAGGCGUGGAAGACUCCCCUCUCUCCUCCUCGAGAUACGGCAGUGUUCUAGAUGAUACCUGGAUGGGACGUGGUGACUCUGUUGCAAACAGAGAGCUCUCUUCUUGUUUCGAGAUAAUCUUGGGUACUACAACAAGCGAUCCUUUGGCUGUGUGUCUUGCGCUCGACACCGUUGAUUUGCUCCGACGGGCAACGCAGACUCACUUCCAAAAGUCAGAAAACCAUAAGAGGAAUUCCAAUGCGAUAUCAACAUCAUCCAGCAAAAGUGCUCGCAAAACUUCUCGCAGUUCAAAGAAUGGCAGUGAAGGCGACAAAGCCGACGACCAGAAAGAACACAACAAAGGUCUCGAUGUCAUGUUGCCUUGGAAGGGCGUGCCAUAUGGCACUGUUCUAAUGCUUAGUGGGGGGCUGGUCGUAAAAUCGUGUAUCAGGGUGAAGCGGUAUGAAUCUGCUGUUUUCUACUCAGAACUCUACUUCGAGAGCUGUUUUGCUGGCAGCUCCGCAAUUAUGCAGCGCCUGGCCCAAGACUUUUCCGAAGGAAGCUCCAGGGCCAAGCUGCUCUCAAGGGUUGAUAUCAGCGGGUUCUACGACAAUGGAGCUGCUUGCGAUGAAUCAGAAAUUAGAGAAAGAGCUAUUUCGGCUUUGGGGUGGCUUUCAGAUUGCUUCAGGGAAAUGAAGGAAGAGGACUCGUUUCAAGCUGUCGCACGACAAUUGACGGACCUGAAAUACAGCAACAGCGACUCACUUAUGAUGGACGAUGAAACUGAAGUUGGUCACGUUUUUGCUCCCUCUUUGAAUGACCUUCAAAAGCUGGACUCGUUCUCUAAUCUGUCGCAGAACCAGGGGGCGCUUUCUCUUCAGACUGCUGAUACUAUCGAAUCGCUUGGCCUGCGCAAUCUGCUGCAGCGCUACAUCGGUUCGAUGGCGGUGUCCGAUGCGAUGUCGCCGGAAGAAUUACAGAGACUGCGAGAAAAAUGGUUCGAAAGCCGUCUGUACAGUAUGAACUGGAACCGCGCACUCUUGGACGGGAGUGGCGCGAAUGACAGGACCUUCGGCCAAUUGCCAGUGGGAAGGACACGACACGAAAGUCUGAUUCUCUCGGAAUCGAACGAAGCUGGAUUCCACGAAGCGGUUACCAACGCUAUGAGUGACUUUGCCAGGGGUGACUUGCCAUCAUGUCAAGGUCUUUUGAAAGAUGCUAGAUCAAAAGUUGUGGCGAAUGAAGACUUCUCCAUGCGGGCACUUCACGGUCUCGUUGAGAGGCUACAGUUCGUCAACGACCUUGAAAACCUCGCACAGGGUAUAGAUUCUCCCCAGUCGCUCCUAAAACGUUGGGGCUUUUCACAAGAAGCUGAGAAUGAUUCACCAAAACUGAGGGCGUCAUUUGACUCUGCUGAGUUUUCCCCUCACAUGCACGAAGCUACCCUGCGAAUUCUCAGGUUCAAACAGUCUACAGAAGGAGCGGGCUCAACGCUUGACCCGCACUCAUGUCUAAUAGAGCAUCUCAGCAUCUUCAGUCGUUGGUGCAGAGACAGGAAGUUCCUAUCGGUCGCGGAGGCCACUCUUCAGCGCCUACGUGGUGUGCUACAAGCAAAUGAUGGUACUGGCGCCGACGGACACGUGUCGCUGAAAAUGGUUUUGUGGAGUCGGUUGGAAGAGGCAAGUUUGUGCUACAGUAAGGGGGAAUUUACAACAGCGAUUCGUCUGUCACAGCAGCUUAUUCGGCUGCUGCAUAACGAAAAGAAGCAAGAGGAGAGCAGUCUUCCUAAGGUUGACUGCGACUGCCUUUUGGCGGACGCUCUCGUCAGCUGUGGGAAUUGGUUGUCGGAAAACAAGAUUGAGCCAGCUGAAACAAUAUUGAAUACUUUCCUCUUGCCCUCUUCCAAAAUCGCAAGGAGAAUUGCCGUGGAAACUUCAAGCCAGGAAAAUGGGAAACGGUACCUAAAUGCUCAAAUUGCUCUUGCUCGCUUGACAUCGGGCAUGUACGACUCUGUUGCCGCUCGAGUCAAAAGCACCGAAUGGCAAAAGGCGGGAAAAUCGCUGGCCGAACGAGAACAAGAGCUCCGGCACUGUGAGGCUCUUGUGAAGGAGAGUCGAAGCAAGCCUUCGAAGUCGAAGUCAUUCCAAGAGCAAACAGAGCUCGUGCAUUACCAGAGACAGCUGGCUGGGGAAAUUAAGGUCACAAAGGAGGUAAGAGAGAAGACUUCAGGGUCUAUGAGAAUGUACCUCGCGAUGGCAGUCAAAGCCUUUUCCUUGGCACUGGAAGUUUCCGGGGUCGCGGAAGGGUCAGAUAUGUCCAGGCAUGUAUUCAGGUUGGUCUUCUUGUGGCUGAAGAUGACUGAAGGCAAGGAGGACUUUGAACUUACUACGACAGCUGACAAGUCGAUCAGCCGGGUACCGUCAUACCGAUAUGUUCCACUGACAACACAGCUUUUUGCACAGCUCGGUCAAAAGGACCGCAGCCCAUUUCAAGCGACACUGCAUAAACUUGUCGAAAGGAUGUGCCUGGAACACCCCUACCAUUGUCUUGUGCAGCUCAUUUCCGUUUGCAACGGAAAAGAAGUCGGAAGCGGGGUUGGUGGGCGAGGGGCUGAACAAUACAUGGAAAACGUGAGCCUUUCUCCACGAGUAAAAGCGGCGACAGAGAUUGCGUCGAGGAUAAGGAAAGCUCCGUCAUAUGUGGGAGAGUUGCUGGACAACUAUCAGACCCUCAUGAGUUCCUACAUCCAGCUAGCAAAUGCUCCCACUGCCAAGCUCGUGGAACAGGGGAAGACAAAAAAUGUCGCUUUGGCUCAAGCGGGAAGAAAUAACCGUUUGGAUCGUUGUCUGAGUGGUCGAUCGUGCCUUCCUUGUGUGCUGACGAAGCCUCCACCAGUGCGAACUGGCCAUGACUACGGCGAAGGCAAAAGUGACCCAGUUGGAGGCGAAAGGAUCCAAACCUUUGACAGACCGAAAAUUGUCAUCUGCCAAGGUUCGCAAGGCGGAAGAUUUAGGCAGCUUGUAAAGGGCGAAGAUGAGAUUCGGCAAGAUGCGGUGAUGGAACAAGUCUUCACUUACGUAAACGAGCUCAUGAGUCGCCGGGGCGAGGCCGGAUCACCAGGUACCAAAGCGAGGAGCGACUUGAAUUUGGUGACGUACAAUAUCAUCCCAUUGAGCCCUGCAAGUGGUGUAUUGGAAUGGGUUGAGAAUUCAAUGACGUUUGGAGACUCCAUCCUGGACGGAAAGACGUCCCGAGGGCAAGUACUUGGGACCCAUUCUAGGUAUUAUCCCGGGGAAUGGGGCCACGCCAGGUGUCGCCAGCACUACGCCCAGAGUCCUUCAAAGGAAAAACGUGAGACUUUCUCAGUGAUCUACAAGUCUUGGUCUCCAUCAUUUCGGUUCUUCUUCAUGGAGAGGUUCGGCCACAGUUUGAAGGACUGGUAUACUGCGAAAAUGAGAUACACAAAAUCUGUUGCGAGCAGUAGCAUUGUUGGUCACAUCCUGGGAAUUGGAGACCGACACACGAACAACAUUUUGGUUUCUCAGAUAACGGGUGAGGUGAUCCACAUUGAUUUUGGCAUCGUUUUCGAGCAAGGAAGGGUUUUGGCCGUUCCUGAAGUUGUCCCCUUCCGACUGACGCGGAAUAUUGUAGAUGGGAUGGGGCCAACCGGAACGGAGGGUGUUUUUACAAAGUCCGCCGAGGCUACUGCGGCUGUGCUUCGAGAGAAUGCCAAUGCGCUCUUGACGAUUCUGUCGGCUGUUGCCUCGGAUCCGCUAUAUCGAUGGUCGGUAAGCCCUGUAGAAGCCCGACGACGGCAGCAACUGGCGGAUGACGAACAACAACCAGUGCCCAAGGGGAGACGCAAAUCGGGGUCUGCUAGCAUUCCGCAAACAGAAUCGACGACGGGGGAGCGAAAUGAAGCUGCCGAACUGGUGCUUGCCAAGAUUAGGGAGAAACUUCAAGGCUACGAAGAGCACUCCGUGGAGGGACAAUCCAUCGAGGGGCAAGUCCAACUUUUGAUCAACUCAGCCCGGGAUCCCAACAACUUGUGUGUAAUGUUUGCGGGUUGGGCUCCUUGGGUCUAA